UGAAGGCAUCAUCACCCUCAGUUACAGUGAGUCAGUCGGGAGAAGGUAGGAGAUGGCCGACUAGGAAGAACCCUUACCUUUGCAAUUUCGUCGGCAAGAUCCUUUUACAUAACACAUCUUCACAGGUGAAGUGGGAAGAGGACGUUUUAAAUAUUUCGUUCCUCUUCCACAAUGGCCGAACAAAACAGCAACGUGAGAUAUCAAGAGCUGGUUAAUGAGGAGGAGCCAGCCCAACUGUCCCAGGAGGGUCCAGCCCAGGAUGCACCUCCACCCUACAGCAGCAUUGCUGCAGCUAAUGCAGCUUUCUUUGACUAUAAGGAAGAUGGAAGAUAUCCCAACCCUCCGUCGUACAAUGUUGCCACCACUCUGCCCUCCUAUGAUGAAGCUGAAAGAAGCAAAGCAGAGGCUGCCAUCCCUCUGGUCGCUGGAAGAAUCACGGAGGACGACUUUGUGGCCAGAGAUGAUUUUGAAGAUGCUGACCAGCUGCGAAUAGGAAACGACGGCAUCUUCAUGCUGACUUUCUUCAUGGCAUUCCUCUUCAACUGGAUUGGCUUCUUCUUGUCAUUCUGUCUGACCACAUCAGCCGCCGGUCGAUACGGCGCCAUCUCUGGCUUUGGCCUGUCCCUCAUCAAAUGGGUUCUGAUUGUCAGGUUUUCCACCUAUUUCCCUGGCUACUUUGAUGGGCAGUACUGGUUGUGGUGGGUGUUCCUGGCCCUGGGCUUCAUGCUGUUCAUCAGAGGCUUUGUUAACUACUCCAGAGUGCGUAAAUUGGCCGAUCCCACCUACACCACCCUUCCCCGAACAAGGGUGCUUUUCAUCUACUAGAGGCUGUUGGAUGUGAAGAACUGGACAUGACCACCACAAGCAGCAACACUGCAACGAGUUUGAAAUUAAACUGAAGACACUUAAAGGAUAGGUUUAGGAGUUUCAAGUUGGUCUUAACACAGUAGUGAUGUGCCCAUAUGCACAUGAGAAUUGUACCUAGUCUGUAACUUCUCUUCUCCACACUCACCUGGACUGUGACUGAAUGUAAAAAUUGCACUCCAAAGUUUUCUGAGGCUCUAAUGAAGCCUCAGCCGUCCCACUAAGGUCAUCUGAGUUGGUAUCUUUUAAAGCUAUGGUCUGCUUAAGACAUAUUUAGCUUUUUUUGUUACCCGGAAAAGUACUUCCUUGCCGAGCUAUGGCAGAGGGAUACAUUCUCCUAUGCGCCUGUGGGCUUUGUUACUACAGCCGACUCUACUCACGUGAGUAAAGAGAUGUCAGUUUAUUUAUAAAGCAUAUUUCAAAACAUCACUUGGCCAAAGUGCUCUAUGUAAUAAUACAUACUGUAGUAUAAAACAGUCGUGGAAGAGAUGAGGAGAAAAAAAAAGCGCCACAACCCUUAUACUGUACCUAAAAGCAAUAAUAAAUAUGAUAAAAAGACUAGUUAAAAGGAAAUUGGAUUACAACCACAUGAAAAAAGGCACAAAUAAGAAAUGGUCACAUCCCUCAGACUAUGGUUACGAGCAAUAGAAAAAAAAUUGAAUUACAGCUGUUAAGCUGUAUCACGAGUCAGAGCAUAAUCCAUCCAUCCAUCUUCAUCUGAGACCUGUUCAUGGGGGCAGUAGCCUGAGCAGAGCCUCCCAGACUUUCCU